AUGGAUGGUGACAAUACAUCAGAGACAAAGAUACUGAUUGAUCAAGAUCCACAGACCAUGGCAGAUGCAGAGAAGCUUCCAGAGCUCAGGAUCGUCCUGUUUGGGAAGACCACACGUGGGAAAAGUACUUUAGGAGACAUCAUCAUGGGGAACACAAAGGCAUUCACCUCAAAGGAUACUGAUGAUCUCACAAAGAAGUGCCACGUGGAAAGAAGAACUAUUGAAGAGCAGAGUGUGGUUGUUGUUGACACUCCAGGUCUGUUUAAAGAACAAACAGAGAAACCAUCAGAAACACUCUUGAGAACGAUCAGGAAGUCUGUUGAUCUCGCCAAACCAGGUCCUCAUGUGUUUCUGUUGUUCGAGAGGCUGAAAGAGAUCACCCGUGAAGAAUUAGAAAUACUGCAGGUUUUUGAGCGCACUUUUGGCAAACGUGCGAUGGCCUACGCUAUGGUGGUGUUCACCCAUGAUGAUGAUGGGAAUGCAGAAAGAGCUAAAACAGAGGAGUGGAUCAAAAAGCAUGAACUCAACGAAUUAUUUGAGCCGUGCCAGGGGAGGCACUUUUUUUUUAACAUCAAUAACAGGAGUCCCACACAAGUCAGUGAGCUGCUGAAGGUGAUAAGACAGACAGGAACACAAUAUUACUACACUCCAGAGAUGCUCAAAGAACAUGAAAAAGAAGAGGCCGAAAAAGAAGAGGCUGAAAAAAAGAGAAAUCAGGAACAACAGGGAAACAAUCCCAAACCAGCAGAGACAGAAAACAAAGCCAAGUUCCUGGAAAAGUCUGGUUUGAUUGGAAUCAUUGUUGGAUGUGGGUUAGGGUAUUUUAUUGGUGGUGGUGGGCUGAACCCUACAUCAGGAGCUUUACUGGGAGCUGUAGCUGGUAUGAUACUGUCAAUGGGAACAACAGCUUUAGGGAUGAAGGCCAAAAUGCUCUUUGACAACUUCUGCAAAGCAUGA